AUGGCGGUUCGUAUCGCUGAUCCGAGGGAGUCGCAGUUGUCCCUCGCGCUGCGACUCGCAAUCGUGCUGCUCCCGUGGACCGCGUAUUUCGGCGCCAAUUGCGGAGGCGUUCAGCUGGCGGCAGCGCAGACGGACUGCCCGUUGAUUGGUCAGGGCAUCGACCCGUACACGGCGGGGAUCGUGGCGGAAAAGCCCAAAGUGUUUCUCUCCGUCCAGCUCAAGAAACUCGUCACCGUCGACGCCGUCAAGUACAGCUACAUGGCGUAUUUUCAAGUUGUUGCCACGUGGAGAGACCCUCGAGUGAACGACACGCUGGCGAUAAACAACGCGGUGAACGCGUUCGGGCCGGCCAUCACGGGGCUGGCGACGGCCAAGUGCAAGCCGGACGUGACGUUUUCGGGGUUCAACAUCAGCCAGAAGGACGAGUGCCUCAAGACGCCCAAGCAGAACAACCUGCCGCAGAUGGACGGCUGCAAUAAGCCGUGCACGCCGUCCGGCACCACGUGUUGCGACUCCAUCUGGAUCCCCUCGCUCACCAUCGACAAUGUUCUUUUCUACCCGCAGGACCGCUUCCAAACCGAGAGCAUCUAUUUCUUCGGGCAGUACAGCAACGAGGCCAGCUCGGUCGACAGAGAAGUCGUCGUUGGAGGUGCUCCUCCCGUCCAUCCCCUCCUCUCCUUCCACUCCCCUCCUCUCCUUCCACUCCCCUCCUCUCCUUCCACUCCCCUCCUCUCCUUCCACUCCCCUCCUCUCCUUCCACUCCCCUCCUCUCCUUCCACUCCCCUCCUCUCCUUCCACUCCCCUCCUCUCCUUCCACUCCCCUCCUCUCCUUCCACUCCCCUCCUCUCCUUCCACUCCCCUCCUCUCCUUCACUCCCCUCCUCUCCUUCCACUCCCCUCCUCUCCUUCCACUCCCUCCUCUCCUUCCACUCCCCUCCUCUCCUUCCACUCCCUCCUCUCCUCCUCCCUCCUCUCCUUCCACUCCCCUCCUCUCCUUCACUCCCCUCCUCUCCUUCCACUCCCCUCCUCUCCUUCCACUCCCCUCCUCUCCUUCCACUCCCUCCUCUCCUUCCACUCCCUCCUCUCCUUCCACUCCCCUCCUCUCCUUCCACUCCCCUCCUCUCCUUCCACUCCCCUCCUCUCCUUCCACUCCCCUCUCCUUCCACUCCCCUCCUCUCCUUCCACUCCCCUCCUCUCCUUCCACUCCCCUCCUCUCCUUCCACUCCCCUCCUCUCCUUCCACUCCCCUCCUCUCCUUCCACUCCCCUCCUCUCCUUCCACUCCCCUCCUCUCCUUCCACUCCCCUCCUCUCCUUCCACUCCCCUCCUCUCCUUCCACUCCCCUCCUCUCCUUCCACUCCCUCCUCUCCUUCCACUCCCCUCCUCUCCUUCCACUCCCCUCCUCUCCUUCCACUCCCCUCCUCUCCUUCCACUCCCCUCCUCUCCUUCCACUCCCUCCUCUCCUUCCACUCCCCUCCUCUCCUUCCACUCCCCUCCUCUCCUUCCACUCCCCUCCUCUCCUUCCACUCCCCUCCUCUCCUUCCACUCCCCUCCUCUCCUUCCACUCCCCUCCUCUCCUUCCACUCCCCUCCUCUCCUUCCACUCCCCUCCUCUCCUUCCACUCCCCUCCUCUCCUUCCACUCCCCUCCUCUCCUUCCACUCCCCUCCUCUCCUUCCACUCCCCUCCUCUCCUUGCACUCCCCUCCUCUCCUUCCACUCCCCUCCUCUCUCUCCACUCUCUUCCUCCCUCUCCACUCCCCUCCUCUCCCUCCUCUCUCCUCCUCUCCCUCCUCUCCUUCCACUCCCUCCUCUCCUCCUUCCACUCCCCUCCUCUCCCCUCCUCCCCUCAUCUCUCCACUCCCCUCCUCCCUCUCCACUCCCCUCCUCUCCCUCCUCUCUUCUCCUCUCCCUCCACUCCUCUCCUCUCCCUCCACUCCCCUCCUCUCCCUCCACUCCCCUCCUCUCCCUCCUCUCCCUCCACUCCCCUCGUCUCCCUCCACUCCCCUCCUCUCCCUCCACUCCCCUCCUCUCCCUCCUCUCUCCUCCUCUCCCUCCACUCCCCUCGUCUCCCUCCUCUCCCCUCCUCUCCCUCCACUCCCCUCCCUUCCCUCCACUCCCCUCCUUUCCCGUCACUCCCCUUCAGUCCUCCCUCCAACCCGCUUCCCUCCUCCUUCCAACUUCCCUCGUCUUUCCUUCUCUCUCGCAUGUGUCCACUCGCCUGCCAUAUCCUGCUCUACCUCUUCUUCCAUGGCAUCACCACACCGCCUCCACCAACACUACUGCAUGCAAUCGUGCAACCAACCAAUGAGCGAGUUCUCUUCACCCCUCAGCUUCAAAAAGUUUCCUCUUGACUCUCAGACGCUGCGGCUGAGCAUUCAGGUGGAGAGCGGCGAGUUCUACCUUGUGGGGAGCAAUUCAGGGCGGCAGUCGGAGCAGGGGGGCGGGAACCUGGGGGGAGGGGGAGGCACGUACGUGAAUGAUGAGGUCACGGGCUGGAAGAUCAACGACGUGGGCCUCAACUGCACUCCCUCCCAAACCACCGUCUCCACCUCCGCCACCUACCAUCCCGAUGACCCCUGGUACACGUUCAAUCAAAACUCUCCGUCAGACAGUGGCAGCAGCAGCAGCAACGUGAACGAGUCCACAUCGUGUGUGUUCACCAUCCAGAUCUCGCGCACCAGUGGCGUCUUCAUCAUCUCGAUCAUGGUGCCUGUGACGCUGAGUGUGUAUCUCUGCUUCUCCGUGUUCUUCGCUCGCCCCGACGACCUUGAGACUCGAUCCGCCACCUUUGUCACGCUUUUCCUUGCCCUUGCAGCCGUGCAGUUCGUUAUUGACAGCCAGCUGCCGCGCUCAUCAGUGAUGACGCAGUUUGGCUAUCUGGUCAUCAUCUCAUACGUCUUCAUCUCGCUCACCGCCCUCGAAACCCUUAUUGUCUACGUCAUUGCCGAACGGCCUCCUCUGUGCCUUGCCUUGUUUGACGGUUGCUUACUUGUGAUCUUUCUCUUUUCGUCACUGCACUUGCUUGCUUGCUGUGUGCUGCUGUGUGCUUCGUGCUGCUGUGUGCUGCUGUGUGCGGCUCUGUGCCGCUCUGUGCUGCUCUGUGCCUCUCUGUGCCGCUCUGUGCCGCUCUGUGCCGCCCUGUGCCGCCCUGCGUUGCUCUGUGUCGCUCUGUGCCGCUCUGUGCCGCUCUAUGCCGCUGUGCCGCUCUGUGCCGCACUGUGCCGCUGUGUGCCGCUGUGUGCCGCUGUGUGCCGAUCUGUGCCGCGCUGUGCCGCUGUGUGGCGCCGUGUGCAGCUGGAGAAGGAUGUGGUUGAGACCGUGGGGGACAUGGCGGCGGCAGCCACACGCACCUCGUGGAACUCCCGUACUGAGCCAGAGGCCGAAAGCCCACCCAAGGUGGAGAGUGCGUGUGCGGUUGUCUCCAGCAAGGCUGAAGGCGCAGGGGAGGAGAGUCAGGAGCUGUGUCUGGUGCUGACAGAUGAGGAUGAUGAGGAGGUGGGGGACACCAAGAGUGCAGCCUGCAGUGGGGGAGGAGUGAAGCCCCUAGCGGCCUGCCUGAACCCCGAAAAGCCGCCACUUCAGAGAGCGGAGGGCCCUACCUGGAAAUUUAGCCUUUUCGGGUACCACCUCAAGCCUGCCGACGAGGAGCACGCUGGUGAAGGCAACUACACUCUCGCAUCUAGGAUUGACUUCGUGUGCUGUGUUCUCUUCUUCCUUGGCUACACUCUCACUGUCAUUCUGCUCUACACUCUCUAG